AUGUCUACUUUCUACAUUGAAAACAAGUCGGUUGGCGACUCCAAAAACUCGGAGGAUUGGCGCAUCCGAGGCUACAAUCCUCUCACUCCCCCCGACCUGCUUCAACACGAGAUUGCGCAAACUCCAAAGUCCAAGGAGACCACCGUUCAGGCGCGCAAUGAAGCCGCAGACAUCGUACACGGCCGCGAUGCGCAACGGCGAUUGAUGGUCGUCGUCGGCCCUUGCUCGAUCCACGACCCCAAGGCUGCUCUGGAAUACUGCGACCGCCUGUUGAAGCUGAAGGAGAAGUACAAGGACGACUUACUCAUCGUCAUGCGCGCAUACUUGGAAAAGCCCCGAACAACUGUGGGCUGGAAGGGUCUCAUCAAUGACCCGGACAUCGACAACUCGUUCAAAAUCAACAAGGGCUUGCGCGUGUCGAGGCAGUUGUUCGUGGACCUCACGGACAAGGGCAUGCCAAUUGCUAGCGAGAUGCUGGAUACCAUCUCCCCCCAAUUCUUGGCCGACAUGCUCAGUGUGGGAGCCAUUGGUGCCAGAACGACCGAGUCACAGCUCCACCGUGAGUUAGCCUCCGGGCUAUCUUUCCCUAUAGGCUUCAAGAACGGCACAGACGGCACUUUGGACGUUGCAGUUGACGCUCUGGGCUCCGUCAAGCACCCCCACCACUUCCUCUCGGUCACCAAGCCCGGUGUUGUCGCCAUUGUCGGUACCACAGGCAACGACGAUGCCUUCGUCAUCAUGCGUGGUGGUAAGAAGGGCACCAACUACGACUCCGCAAGCAUCAGAGAGGCGCGCGAGAAGCUGGAGUCCCAAGAACCUCAACCCGCGAUCAACGUCGCCCGCAAUAUCGCUGAGCAGAUCGCAGCCGGAGAGACCGCCAUUGCGAGUGUUAUGAUCGAGAGUAAUAUCAACGAGGGCAACCAGAGCGUGCCGAAAGAGGGCAGGGAGGGUCUGAAGUACGGUGUGAGCAUUACGGACGCUUGCAUCAGUUGGGAAGAUACCGAGGGCGUUCUCCAAGAGCUCGCAUCUGCUGUCGCGAAGAGGAGAGCGCAACUCGGUGUGAACGGCGCUCACUGA